GGAGCAUGCAAAGGAGCAUAAAAGUGGACGACUGCAGUGCUGGACUCUUACUGACAGCAGUUCAGGAUAAGGGAGACCAUGACUCCUCUGUGGCUGCUGGCCUCUUUGGCCUUUGCGUUCUUGUCUUCUGUGGCUGAUGGAGUUCCAUUGAAGUUGAUGUCUUCCCCGAACUUGUUGCGGGUAGCUACGGCAGAAAACAUAUUUGUGGAGUGUCAAGACUGCACUGGGGGUGACAUGAAGGUGGACAUCAAGGUGAUGAAUCAUCCAACCAAAACCAAACUGCUGGGACAAACAUCGGUGACCCUUAAUAGUGGAAACGACUUCCAGAGCUUUGGGCAAAUUACGAUACCACCAGCAGACUUCAGAAAUGAUCCUGACUUGAAGCAGUAUGUGUACUUGCAAGCUCAGUUUCCUGACCGACUGCUGGAGAAAGUUGUGUUGGUGUCCUUCAAGUCUGGCUAUAUCUUCAUCCAGACGGACAAGAACCUCUACACUCCCGACUCCACAGUGAACUACAGAAUGUUUGCAGUCACGCCCAGCAUGGAACCUGUCGAGAGAGAUCAACAAAGCAACGCGGAGGCUGCUAUAACUAUUGAGAUGGUGACGCCCGAAGGCAUCAUUUUAUCUCUUGAAGCAGCAGUCUUUCUGAAAUCAGGGAUGCACAGUGGAAGUUUUCAACUCCCUGAUAUUGUCAGCACCGGAUUGUGGAAAGUGGUGGCAAAGUUCCAAAGUCACCCACAGCAAAGUUUCUCUGCGCAGUUUGAGGUCAAAGAGUAUGUACUCCCCAGUUUUGAAGUCAAGUUGACACCCGUGGUUCCCUUCUUCUAUCAGGACAACGAAGAGUUCACUGUCAACAUCAGAGCCACGUAUCUUUUUGGUAAGGAAGUCGAUGGGACAGCGUACGUGGUGUUUGGGAUUUUGUACGACGGCCAAAAGAAGAGCUUUCCCGCUUCUCUUCAGAGAGUGUCUGUUGACAGAGGUGUUGGAGCCGUCACACUCAAGAGAGCGCACAUCACCCAAACAUUCCCAAACAUCCAUGAGCUGCUGGGGCAUCACAUGUUUGUGGCUGUCAGCGUGCUGACACAAAGUGGUAGUGAAAUGGUAGAGGCCGAGUUAAGAGGCAUUCAGGUCGUCACCUCUCCUUACGCUAUCCACUUCAAGAAAACACCCAAAUAUUUCAAACCAGGAAUGUCCUUUGAUGUUACGGUUGAAGUUCUGAACCCGGAUAAAUCUCCAGCAAAAGAUGUUCCGGUGGUGGUGAAUCCAGGUGAGGUGAGAGGCAUCACUACAGACAGUGGAACUGCCAAACUCACCCUCAAUACAGUCGCAAGGGAUCCAAAAUUGACAAUCAAUGCAAUGACCAAUGAUCCUAAAAUAUCACAAGAUAGGCAAGCCUCCGCCUCAAUGGAAGCACUCCCAUACAACACCAAAAGCAAUAACUACAUCCACAUAGGGGUGGAUUCAGCCACACUGACUUUGAGAAAAAACAUGAAAAUCAACCUUCAUCUGAACAGGCAAUCAAACCAAGAUACUGAUAUCACAUACUUGAUCUUUGGCAGAGGUCAACUGGUGCAAUAUGGCCGUUACAGGUCAAGAGGGGAAAUUAUUAUCUCCCUCAUUGUUACCGUCACCAAAGACAUGCUGCCGUCAUUCCGGAUCAUAGCUUACUACCAUGUAAAUGCAAACGAGGUGGUCUCUGACUCUGUUUGGGUGGAUGUCGAGGACUCCUGCAUGGGCUCGCUGAAGCUAGAAUCAACAAUACCUCAACCUUCCUAUGAGCCUGCCAAGUUAUUUGGACUGAAAGUCACUGGAGACCCAGAGGCCACGGUGGGACUGGUGGCAGUUGACAAAGGUGUCUUUGUUCUGAACAACAAGUAUCGCCUCACUCAGAAAAAGGUCUGGGAUGUUGUGGAGCAGCACGACACAGGCUGCACUCCAGGUGGAGGCAAGGAUAGCAUGGGUGUGUUCUACGAUGCCGGACUAGUGUUUGAGACCAACACCGCUUCAGGAACUCCUUACAGACUAGAACUGAACUGUCCAUCCACCAGCAGCAGGACGAGACGAGCUACUACUAUUUUAGAGGUUACAACAACCCUGGCGGGUAAAUACAAAGGGAUGCAAAAGGAUUGUUGUUUGGACGGCAUGAGCGAAACUCCUCUCUCGUACACUUGUGAAACGCGCAGCGAAUACAUCACCGACGGCGCCGAGUGUGUGGAGGCCUUCCUGUACUGCUGUAAGGAGGUGGAAAGCCAACGGGCUGACAUGAAGCAUGACACCCUCAAAAUUGCUCGCAGUGAGCAGCAGAAUAGCCAGUUUUACUUGGACAACAUUGAGAUUAUUACCCGCACCGAAUUCCCUGAGAGUUGGCUGUGGACCACUAUCAAACUGCCUACUUGCCCUAAUCAAACGCCAAAAUGUGAGACCACAUCACAUGUGAGUUAUUUUCCCCUGCAAGACACCAUCACAACCUGGCAGUUCACGGGCAUUAGUCUAUCCAGAACUCACGGACUCUGCGUUAGUUCACCAUUAGAGGUGAUCGCAAGGAAGAAUUUCUUUAUCAAACUCAUGCUUCCUUAUUCUGCUGUGCGCGGAGAGCAGAUUGAGAUCAGAGCCAUCCUCCACAACUACAGCCCCAAUGAAAUCCAGGUACGCGUGGAUCUUUUUGAGACGGAGCAUGUGUGCAGUGCGGCCUCCAAGCGCAGAAGGUUCCGUCAGGAGGUCGACGUCGGGCCCCAAACCACACAAGCCGUACCUUUUAUCAUCAUUCCUAUGAAGGAAGGAGAGUUUGGUAUUGAGGUCAAAGCAGCUGUGAGAGAUUCUCAUCUCAACGAUGGAAUCAUGAAGACGCUGCGGGUGGUGUCAGAAGGUGUUCUGGUUAAAGCUCCCAAGACAAUUAUUCUUGACCCUACCAAUAAAGGGCAAGGUGGUAAACAAGAACUCAUUCUCAACAGCCAAAUUCCGAAACAGGAUUUGGUACCAAACUCGCCCACCAGCACAGUGAUCUCCGUCAUAGGUAGAGAGCAAGUGAGUGUACUGGUGGAGAACGCCAUUGCCGGAACGUCUAUGGGUAGUCUUAUCUAUCAGCCCACAGGCUGUGGAGAGCAGAACAUGAUCCACAUGACCCUGCCUGUAAUUGCUACCACGUAUUUGGACAAAACCAACCAGUGGGAAAGUGUAGGCUUUCAGAAACGUGCCACGGCCCUACAACACAUUAAGACCGGAUUCAACAACCAGCAGAAAUAUCGGCAACCGGAUGGUUCUUUUGCUGUUUGGGCCAAAAGACAAGGUAGCAGCUGGCUGACAGCCUAUGUUGCCAAGGUUUUCUCCAUGGCCAACCAGCUGGUGGCAGUGCAAAGGGAUGUGAUAUGUGAUGCUGUCAAGUUUCUUAUCCUCAAAGCACAGCAACCUGACGGCAUGUUUAGAGAAGUUGGAACAGUUUCUCAUGGCGAGAUGAUUGGCGACAUACGUGGUGGGGACUCGGAUGCCUCCAUGACGGCCUUUAAUGUUAUUGCAAUGCAGGAGUCAAGGGCACUUUGCGCUGAGACUGUUAAUAGCUUAGAGGACAGCGAAAACAAAGCUAUUGCUUACCUGGAGAAGCGUCUGCCCAGCCUUGUCAACCCAUACGCUGUUGCCAUGACAUCUUAUGCUCUGGCGAAUAAGAACAAGCUGAACAAGGAGAUCCUGUUUCGAUUUGCUUCCCCAGACCUAAGCCACUGGCCUGUGCCUAAGGGACAUAUUUAUAGUCUGGAAGCUACAGCCUAUGCUCUUCUGGCCCUGGUCAAGGCCCAGGCCUUCGAGGACGCCAGACCUGUAGUUCGAUGGUUCAACAAACAGCGGAAGACUGGCGGAGGUUACGGAUCAACUCAGGCCACUAUCAUGGUAUAUCAAGCUAUCGCUGAAUACUGGACCAACGCUAAAGAGCCAGAUUAUGAUCUGAAAGUGGACAUCGAGCUGCCGGGCAGAUCAAAGCCUAUCAAAUACAGCAUCAACAACGAAAACCACUAUACCACAAGAACAUCUGAUAUGAAGCAGAUUAACCAGGAUGUGAAAGUAAAGGCAGAAGGUACCGGGGAAGCAACUCUUACAAUGGUGUCGUUGUAUUAUGCCCUGCCUUCCCAAAAAGAAAGUGACUGUCAGAAGUUCGACUUAUCCGUGAAGUUGAUCCCAGAUAUCAAGGAUCAGAUGGAAUUCAAGCUCCAAAUUGAGGUUAUGUAUAAGAACAAAGACCAUGAUGCAACAAUGACGGUCUUGGACAUUGGCAUGUUGACUGGUUUCACUUUCAACACCAAAGACCUGGAGUCUUUGUCCACAGGACGUGCCCGCAACGUUGCAAAAUAUGACGUGAACUCACCCCUCUCAAAGACAAGCUCGCUCAUCAUCUACCUGGACAAAGUUUCUCACACCCGUAUGGAGGAAAUUAGCUUCAGGAUCCACCAGGACUUUAAAGUCGGCAUUUUACAGCCAGCCGCAGUGUCUGUCUACGAAUACUACGACCAGACCCAGUGUGUGAAAUUCUACCAUCCGGAGAGGAAAGCUGGUCAGCUGCUAAAGUUGUGCAGAAAUGAUGAAUGCACGUGUGCUGAAGAGAACUGCAGUCUUCAGAAGAAGGGCCAAAUCAGCAACGACUUGCGCACAGAGAAGUCUUGUGAGAGUACACCGACGAGCAAGAUAGACUUUGUCUACAGGGUGAGAAUAGAAGGAUUUGUCGACGGCGGGUCAACUGACAUUUACACGGUGCGGGUGUUGCUUGUCAUCAAAGAAGGAAGUACCGAUAUGGGCGCUCAGGGCCAACUGCGGACAUUCCUCAGUUAUCAACACUGCAGGGAAGCUCUGGACCUAAAAACCGGCAAUAAGUAUUUAAUCAUGGGCACUUCCACGGAUAUUUACAGAGAUGAAGAGAGGCAAACGUUUCAGUACGUGCUUGGAGAGAAGACCUGGCUGGAGUAUUGGCCAACACCUGCAGAGUGCCAAACCAUGGAACACAGAGUUGUGUGCUUAGGCAUGGAGCAGCUCGAGAAGAAAUACGCAGAUUUUGGAUGUGAGCAAUAGUCAAAGACAUGCCUUAACAAUAUUUUUGUGGGCAUUACUCUCAUUAUGUACAAUUUCCGAUGUUUUUAAAAAUGUUACAUUGUCCUUAUUAAAAAUGAAACAAUUUCUCAUUU